UAAAGGAUUCAGAACAUCAUUAAACGAGGGAACUGGACCUAUCUUUAUUGACGACAUGUCAUGUGAUGCCAACAGUUCUCACAUUAAUGAUUGCACGUAUGUAACUUACGCCAAUUGUUCCCAUAGAAAGGACGUAGUCGUUACAUGCACAGCUAAUUGCGGUGACCCAACGCCGAAAUUCGGUAGGGCCAACGGCACUUCUUCGGGCGUUGGAUCUGUUGUAAGCGUGACAUGUGAACAUGGUCGAUUACUUAUUGGCGAAUCGCUUAUCAUUUGUCAAGAAAAUGGGAAUUGGACAAGUACACCGUCGUGUCUUCUUAUAGAUUGUGGUGAUCCAACGCCAAAUAAUGGCUCCAUUAACGGAACGUCGUAUCUCGUAGAUGACGUGGUCUCGUUAUCGUGUAAUAGAGGCUUUAUUGUAUCCGGCGACUCCAUCAUAAGAUGCCAGAAUAAUAGUAAUUGGACAGACUAUCCAAAAUGUGAUAUCAUUGACUGCAGCCAACUAAACAUAGCCAAUAUGACGAUUGACGGUGAUAAUACAACUACAUACGGGCAGAUAGCAGUUGUCAGUUGCAAAUCAGAUUUUACUCCACGCGGUUAUUGGACUGUGAAAUGUGAAGACAGUGGCGUUUGGAAUUACUCACAUGUACCUCACUGUGAACUCAUUGACUGUGGUUCCCCCGCACCACCAUAUGGAAGUGUAAACGACACCACUACGACAGUUGGUACUGUGGUCGGCGUGUUCUGUGAUUAUGGGCGACAGCUGGUUGGUUAUUCGGUAUUGGUUUGCCAACAAAAUGGAAAGUGGACAGGUUCUUCUUCGUGUCCAUUGAUAGAGUGUGACGAUCCAAUACCAGUUAAUGGCGCCGUAAAUGGAACAACCCGAUACUUUGAUGACAUUCGUUCAGUAUCGUGUAUAAGCGGCUUCAAGUUAGCAGGCCUUUCCGUCAUACGAUGUCAAAACAACAGUAAAUGGACUAACUAUCCCAAAUGCACCAUUGUUGAUUGUGGCGUCCUCGACAUUGUCAAUAUGUCUAUAAGCAUUGAAAAUGCGACUACAUACGGACAGAUAGCAUUUGUCAGUUGCAAACCAGAUUUUACUCCAAAAGGUUCAUGGCCUGUAAAAUGCGAAGCUAGCGGCGUUUGGAAUAAAACACAUGUACCGCCGUGUCAACUCAUUGACUGUAAGGAUCCAACGCCUUUAAAGGGCUUUGUUAAUUCGUCAGAAACAACAGUCAAUGCAGUGGUGAAUGUUUCCUGUGAAAAUGGUUACACGCUUUUGGGUGCUUCAGUCAUUAUCUGUGAGUCUACUGGCAUAUGGUCCGGGACUCCGACAUGCGACCCUUCGGAUUGCGGAAGGCCAGCUAUAUUGAAUGCAGAAGUGGUGACAAGUAACUCAACGGCUCUGAAUGCCACAGCAGUAAUAAGUUGUAAAGAAGGAUUCGCCAUAUUUGGACCAAGUGUUAUUAAAUGCACUGAAACGGGAUGGAGUGAUAACGUUACAUGCUUACGUAUUGUAUGUGAGAAGAUGAAAGUUGACAAUGGCAUAGUGAAUGGCACAGGUACCGAGUACGGGGCUGUGAUAUAUUUGGAGUGUGAUACAGGCUAUGCAAUUAAGGGUGACAACAAACUAUCGUGCCAAGACAAAGGUCUAUGGAGCGAUUAUCCUACAUGCGUCAUUCAAAAUUGUGGAAACGUGAUCGAACCAACAAACGGUAUGCUAACAACGAGCCAUGUAACGACCACGUUUAAUUCGUCGUUGAGAUUUCAAUGUGAAACUGGCUAUCAACUAACCGGAAAUGACGUCAUGUGGUGUGACGCAAAAGGCGAAUGGAACAGUUCAGUUCCGACGUGCGUUCGCAAAUUUUGUGGUGACCCAACUCCAAAGAACGGCGCCGUUAACGGAACAUCAUUUUACUUUAAUGACGUGGUAUCAGUAUCCUGCGAGUAUGGCUACUCAUUGACCAGCGAAGCUAUCAUAACAUGUCUUAGUAACAGAAGAUGGACUGAUAACCCGAUGUGUAAUAUUGUUGUGUGCGAGCGCAUUCACUUAGAAAAUGGCACUGUGACCGGCACAGAAACACACUUCGGGUCGCAAAUCGAGGUACAGUGUGACAUUGGAUAUGAUCUCCGUGGUGACAGGAGACUAGUAUGUCAAACUAAUGGUCAAUGGAGUGGCAAUCCAACAUGCAUUAUAAAAGAUUGUGGGAACGUCACAUUGCCAGCCAACAUGAGGAUCGUAACUAGUCCUUUAGUAACAACGUUUAAUUCCUUACUGCGAUUCAAAUGCCAUGAAGAUUAUCUGCUAAACGAAAGUGACACAAUGUUGUGUGACGCAACAGGUGCUUGGAACAGUUCUGUUCCGACAUGCAUCCAGAAAUCGGACAUUGGUGGACCCUGUGUUGAUGCCAGAAUGUGUAGGAUACAAAGCGCAAUUUGUGAGGACAAAAAGUGUUCAUGCAUGUCUGGAGUGGUAGACAGAAGAACACAAAAGUGUGACAUAAUGCCAUUGCUACCGUUUGGAGAAGACGAAGGAGAUAUGAUUAUGAAUCAACAUGAUUGCAGCGAACCCAUUGUUUUUUCACCUGCGAUACCAGUUUUCAACACAAUGAGACGGUCCAUACAUGUAUGCAGAUGUGGACUCGUAAGUUUUGAUAAGAAAUACACAAAUAAUAAACCUGUUCCAGCGGUUGAAGCAAAACAUGAUAUCAUAGAACCGACAAUUGAUAUCAAUGACCCGGUUGUUGCAGCAUAUUUCGCAGAUAUCUUCGUUGACAAAUCCUCAUCUAUUACAUUCAGGACGUAUGAUAUUCUCAACAACUAUCCAUUCACUGCCAAAGCGACGGAAGACAUAGCAUUCCUCGAAAGAUUAAUCAAACGCGUGGAAAAUCUUUCUUCAUUUGAAGUGAGUUUCGUUUUCAUUGCAACAUGGAGUAGUGUGAAACCUAACGCGGCUGCAUUUAAUCGCAUUAACCCAGCAACGUUCCAACUGGCCAUCAUUUCAAAUGGUGUGCGGACAUAUUCCGUAACAAUAUACGGGCAUGAACUGAUGAACUGGGCUCUAAAUUCGAGAGAAAAAACUAAAACUAUUCCGUUGUGGAUCGGUCACGCCGGAGAGAAUGGUACUAAAUUCAACCACUUGUUUUCAUUCAAAACACCUGCACUUCGGAUGGAUUUAGGUUCUAAAUCAGGAGGAAUCAGUGGUCUUUUAUUGAAAAAUAUCGAUGCACACGACACCGCAUUUAGCAAUCACGGUGUUGAUUGUAUAAAGUGGUACAACAAAAACAGCAACAGGAAGCAGAAUAUCCAAGUCUACUCUCAACGUCUACCUAUGUGCCCAUGUGACAUCAAUCUAGCCCGAUGGGACCCGUGGUUUUGGCACAUCCGGACCAAACUGCGUCAGCAAAUUAGCAACAAUAUUGUGUGCGUUGACAUGAUGCUAAUUGAAACUGUCAAGCCACAUGGGAAGUCUUGCUGCUAUUACCGUUCGACAUUAACAUUUGUGGAAAUGCAACCUCUAUCUGGCGGAUUUUACUUCGCUCAUCCGUCAUACUCACCACGUGAUCACGAGGUAAAUGACGUCAUCAUGAAGGACAAAUGCUGCGCGAAAUCAGACUACUGCGAUCUCUAUUACCAACUUCAUCCUACAGGCACAUGUUACACCGAGUCCCCAUACAGAUUUGGUUCCUUCUGGGGUGAUCCGCACAUGCGCACAUUGGACGGGAUGAACUACACAUUCAACGGACUUGGUGAAUACGUGUUACUCAGCGUUGUGACGUCAAAUGUCACAUUUUCCCUGCAAGCCAGGACUGAGAGGGCAGUGAAGGAAGAUGGAAACCUGUCUGACGCUACGAUCUUCACGGCCUUUGCAGCUAGAGAUAAUACAAAUUCGUCAAUACACAUUGAACUAAAUAGUGCUAAGGACAAUGUGACCUUGUACGGGAAUGGAAUUGAUCUUACCAAAACUCUUCAGAAAGUACAAAACGACAUGGUCGUAUUUAAUACGUCCGCACUCACAAUUCAUGAAGAUGACGGGGUUUUGAGAGUGUCAUUUCUUGAAAUAGGGAUAACGAUCGAAAUAGGAAAAGGAGCAGGAAUGUUGUCACUCGAUGUGAUUGUAUCAAAGAUAUUCAACAACAUGACAAAAGGUCUCCUAGGAAAUUUCGACGGAGACCCAUAUAAUGAUUUUGUGUACCCUAAUGGAAGUCGGCUUCAUUUUAAUGCAAGCGAUAUGGAAAUAUUUUAUUACGGUCAGGCAUGGUCCGUGAAUGACAGUUCGUCAGUAUUUAUAUAUGACGACGGCGAAAAACAUUCAGAUUAUCACAACGCUUCUUACGUUCCGCGCUUCUUGGAUACUGUUGACAACGUAACGCUUGCUCAAGCUGAAAAGGCAUGCAACGGCUCAAAGAACAUGGAAUGUGUGUUCGACUAUGCGUUUACCCUGAACGAAAACAUUGCAAAGGCAACGAACAAGAUACGUGUAACCAUUAAUAAUAACGAAGAAGAAAUAGCUAAAGUCGUGCCAACCAUUAACAAUACAUGCAGUGUAAAUGCAACGGUUGGAGAUCAAAUUUCGUGUCAGUUAAAGCUUGAUGAUGGGUUAGAUAUAGAAUUUGUAAACAACGAUACUAAAACAACAUUUAACAGAACUUCAAAGACGCUUUAUUUCAAACAGAGUGAUGAUCGUCCACACAACAUAUGGUUUGUUGCAAUCAACAAUCAAUCAACGAAAUCUCAGCAGCACACUAUUCAUGUACAGCUUUGCACGGGUUGUCAUGGCCACGGAUAUUGCUCUAAGACAAUGCGGCCAGACCGUCAAGAAACUGCAUAUUUCAAGUACUCUGCGUGCGUUUGCCACCAUGGAUACGACGGAGACGACUGUGAAAAACAAAAAGACUGGUGCGCUGAACGUCCUUGCUCUCUUGGAAGAAACUGUACAAACGUCUCCCAGACUAGAACAUACAUGUACUCGUGUUCUCCUUGCCCGAACGGAUAUGCUGGAGUACAGGGGGAAAGCGAUUGCAUUGAUAUCAACGAAUGCAACUCAUCAAAUCCCUGCGACCAUAUGUGUCUCAAUACUGAAGGAAGUUAUUCGUGCGAUUGCGAGCAUGGAUUCCGGGUCGACGCAAAUAACAAACAUAAAUGCAUCGAUAUCAACGAAUGCAACGAGGCUACACACAACUGUACUCAUAUAUGCAAAAACACGAUAGGCAGCUUUCUCUGCCAAUGUCAGCCCGGUUUUAUCUUCAAUGAAUCUAAUGGGACGUGUGUACCAGAUAAGUCCGAUCCGUGUGCUACAUCAACACUCAACUGCACUCAAACUGCGGGAUGUUCCUUGAAUAUGGAAAAUAAAACCACUUGCUUCUGUAAUGCAGGAUUUAUUUUUAAUAGAACAUCGUUUCAAUGUCAAGAUGUUAACGAAUGCUCUCAAAAUAUUUGUCCUCAAGACUGCAUGAACACGAUCGGCAGUUUUCAGUGCAGCUGCAUAGCGGGUUACCAGUUGAUUGACAAGGUCUCAUGUGAAUUAUGUGAGGUACCAAACUGGGGUUUAAACUGUUCACAAACGUGCGACUGUACCGGACGAGGUGCCGAGAGAUGCGAUCCUGUUAGAGGCUGCGUCUGUUCCAAAGGUUGGACAGGGAGUUCUUGUGACGAUGACGUCGACGAGUGCAAGGAGCAUCCUGGAGUUUGCGAGGAUGCUAGGAAAACAUGUUCGAACAAUAUUGGCUUGUACAGAUGUGUUUGUUUGCAAGGAUACGAUGAAGAUGCUGAUGGAAAUUGCCGAGAUAUAGAUGAGUGCUCUGAUCCACAGUUGAACGAGUGUAGUCAGACGUGUUUGAAUGCUGAAGGCAGCUACACUUGUGGAUGUAAACACGGCUACACAGAAGUCAAUUCGACACAUUGUACAGACAUUAAUGAGUGCGAUUUAAAAUUGGCGGGCUGUGAACAGAUGUGCGAAAACCAUCCAGGAUAUUACAACUGUUACUGCUAUUUCGGAUACAGACUCAACGACGACAGGAACACAUGUAGUAAAGUGAAAGAUUAUUGCAAGGAACUUAACAAUCUAACAUGCGGCGGCUAUUGUGAGGUACGAAACAAAACAGCAUCAUGUCAGUGUCAACAAGGCUUUGAACUUGCCUCUGAUAAACAAAAUUGUACAGAUGUCGAUGAAUGUGAAAAGGGCAACCAAUGUUCAAAAGGAGCCAACUGUACGAACACUUUUGGUUCAUUUUUGUGUGAAUGUCCUGUCGGUAUGAAACUGCAAAAUGACAAAAGAACAUGUACAGAAUGUGACAAGCAUCACUACGGCAAAGAUUGUUCACUUACGUGUCCGUGUAUUCAUGGUGUGUGUAACAGUACCGUAGGCUGCGUUUGCGAUCAAGGCUGGACAGGGAUAAGCUGCGACGUUGACGUCGACGAAUGCAUGGGUAACCAGGUGGUCUGCAAUGAGACCAAUACCCACUGUGUGAACACGCCGGGCAGCGCCUCUUGCGUCUGUCAAGAUGGCUACUCGAAAAACACAUCAUCUGGAAAGUGCGAAGAUGUGAACGAAUGCCAGACUUCUUCCAUGAACACGUGUGAUCAAGAAUGCAUUAACACACCUGGAAGUUAUCUUUGUAGCUGCAGAGCCGGCUUUGUUUUCAGAAAUGAAAAAUGUAACGAUAUUAACGAGUGCCUUGGCGAGCACGAAUGUCAACAACAAUGUGUCAACACUAUUGGUAGCUACAGAUGCUCUUGCGAAUCGGGAUUCGUUCUUGAUCUUACCGACCGAAAGUCUUGCAUUGCUGAGAAAGAGUGUACGUCAAAUCAAGCUUCUAACUGCUCUGCUAAUGCUAAUUGUUCUGUUUCCAACGGCGAGGUUAUAUGUGUUUGUCAUAAUGGAUACAACGGGACUAAUUGUACAGACAUCGACGAGUGUGAAAAUGGUAAGGAAACAUGUGACCAAAACUGUAAAAAUACAAUCGGUGGAUACAAAUGCGAGUGUCAAGUUGGAUAUUUCAUGGAAAAUGAUAAUGCCACGUGUACAAAAUGCACGAACUGGACAUAUGGUGAGAACUGUUCCACGAAAUGUAAAUGCAAUGUGACCAAUACUGAGUCUUGCAAUCCAACAAACGGAACUUGUACGUGUUUGAAUGGCUGGCAUGGUGGGCUUUGCUACGAUGACGUGAACGAAUGUAACUCCAAUUCAAACGUGUGUCCCAAAAAUUCCCAAUGUAUUAACCUGUCAGGCAGUUUUACAUGCGAAUGUGACGCUGGAUAUCUCAAGAACAGCUCUGGUCUGUGUCAAGCGUGUCCUCAAGGACGCUUUGGUAAAGGCUGCACAAGCAUCUGUUUGUGUGAUAUGACACAUACAUCCGUGUGCAACACAGAGAACGGGAGCUGCACGUGUGACGCAGGAUGGACUGGCCCCGAAUGUAAAACAGACGUCGACGAGUGUGCGUCAGCUAAUGACUUCGAAUGUCCUGCAAACUCGACAUGUGUCAAUUCACGGGGUAGUUACGAUUGUGAGUGUGACCCGGGUUUCAAAAUGAGCAGCAACGGUGAUAGCUGUACAGCUUGUCUUCCAGGUCGUUUCGGCAAAGACUGUAAAAGCGACUGUUUGUGUGAUAUGACACAUACAUCCGUGUGCAACAUAGUGAACGGGAGCUGCACGUGUGACGCAGGAUGGACUGGUCCCGAAUGUAAAAUAGACGUCAACGAAUGUGCGUCAGCUAAUGGCUUCAAAUGUCAUGCAAAUUCGACAUGCCUUAAUACUCUUGGUAGUUACAUUUGUGAAUGUGAACCGGGUUUCAAAACGAGCAGCAAAGGCGAUAGCUGUACAGAGUGUUCAGACAACACAUACGGAAGAAAAUGUUUCAAUCCGUGCGCAUGCGUUAUAGAGAACACAUUUUCCCACACCCAGUCCUGUGACAUUAUCGAUGGAACAUGCAAGUGCACUGGAAACUGGACGGGGAAUACUUGCCAAAUCGAUGUAGAUGAGUGCCAAGAAGAUGUGUGUAAGGAUCAAAACGCCGUAUGUUUCAACACUGAUGGUUCUUUCGCUUGCUACUGCAAGAAGGGCUUUGUAAAAGACGAUGUUACCAAAACGUGUUCGAAUGUUACGACAGUUGUAGAAAAGAAAAGAGACAUGCAGAUAACACUGAAAAUUGACGCUCGGAGUAUUAAUCUUACAUCAGACAGGGAUUUUGCAGUGGUUGCCGGAAAAGUUACAUUAUCGCUACGGACCUACCUGUUGCGGUUUAUUACAAAUUUCCAAAUUGUCAUUAAGAAUCUACGGAGCGGAAGCUUAGUAAUAGACUUUACACUUUUUUACAACAACGCUGCUGAUACGGUUACAAGUGUUACUAAGGCACUAGGCGAUCUUAGGAAUGGAACAAACAUCACGUAUGACGGAAAGAUUGUUGAAGCAAUCUCAGAACCACUUGCUAACGCCACGCUGUGUGGUUUGUUCGAGGAGAUAAGAGGAGGUCCGUGUGAAUACGGAAUGGCGUGUAACGUUACAAACGGUGUGGCCUCGUGCGUAGUGAACAUUGUGCCCACAGACAAUGUAAAGCUGAUCAUAGGUGUUUCAGUGGCGGGAGGUCUAAUUCUGGCUAUAGGAAUUUGUACAGCGAUAUGUAUUGUGAUCAAAAGAAAAGCGAGGAACGCAAAAAAGAACACCCUAAGGCUGGAUAACCUCAAUCGAUUUGAUGGACAAGGUGGGAAGGUAUUUUGGAGAUCACCAUCCAAAGAAGUUCGCCAUGGAAAUGAACCAGAUGCCCCAAGGUAUAGAACAUGGCGAUCCAUGGCUCUGUCAUUCAGGCAGGAUGCCGUUCAGAUUCCGAGAAUAGUUGCAGACGAGAAUUCGGGUACUGCAGGGUAGUGAUUUACAGUACGAAGAAAAGGCCAGGAAAAAACACUAAUAAAUAAGCUUUUAUUAGAUUUCCUGUGAAUUUCGAUUCCACCGAAUCAUAUUUAAAGUGUAUAUAUGCAAAUUUCGUUUCGUACACCCUAUGUGGAAUCUGACAUUAUUAUUGUGUAUAAGUUUUAAUACUAAUCAAUGGUGUGUUAUCAUUUGUUUUGAAUGUCCAAUUAGGUUUUCAUAAUUGCUAUAUUUGUUGUCUAUUUUUAUAUAUUUGUUUAAUAUGUGUUUUGUAUUAUUUUAUUAUUUUAUCUAAUGAAAAAUAUGAACGUUCAAUUUAUGUUGAAAUACUAACAGAAUUUGUACAAUAUUAUAUAAAAUACUGAUCAUAUUCAGAUACAAAAAACAUAGUCCAUACGGUUCGUUUGUUUGAAUUGACACCACAGGUUGUUUUUUCAAGUCGUGACAACGCAUUUUGAGUUUUAAACCUAUUUAUUCAUGAUCCAAAAGAUAACAAGUACUUUAUAUAUCAGCAAAAGCAACCAAAAUGCCUUUUUAGCAUAUAAACACUAAAAAUUCAAGUGACACUUUGGUAUCUUUUAAAGUGUAUUGUGGCGUUUUGUAAAUAAUUAUGUACACUAUGAUGAUUUGUGUAGCUACUCGUUAAAAAGGUGGUUAUAACUUUCUUUAAUACAUAAUAUUAAGUUGCAUGUGUUUCAUACGUUUUGUAUACUUUCUGUAUUUUGUCUUACUACUAAUUUUAUUUCGUGUUUAAAAAUAUGCAAGAUCUUUUCUAUUAAGUACUGUUUCCGCUGGUUUGUCUUUUAUUUCUUUUUCUCUUUUAAUUUUUAAUAAAUCAUAUAAUAUUUAAA